GGCAUUUGAUUGGUUGGGAAAAGUAUAAUAGAUUUUAAUGAGAAAAUAUAGUGUGAUAUUGAAUGAGUUGUGAGACUCACUGACACUCAUUAGACACACAAUUAAUAGCUAUUAACCAUUAAUUGCUAACCAAUUGUUACACACGUUAUCACUAUUACUGCCAUCGCAUACACAAUAUGGCCGACUAUACGGCCAACACUCGCUGCGAGACAUACCUCAACGCAAUUCACACGAUUGCGAUCAUUGUUGACGUCUUUGUGACCAUUUGUUUAGUUGUGAGGAUGUGUUUUGCCGAUGCGAUCCAUUGGCGUUCAAUCGAUGAAGCGAUGCCGCCGACGGCCGGUACGGCCUCUCCUCUACCGCUACGGCCGGUGAGCACUCCCGUGACGGCCGUACGGAACUGUUUGCCCAAUUGUUCGCCCGUCUCUAUGCACGCCAGAAGUCAAUCGACUACUCCUGAACUCAAUUACAUUAAAGCACAACAACAACAACAACAACAGCAACAACAACACCACUCUGUGAUAAUCAAUGCUAACGAUAUGAGCGCUAAUCAAAUUGCGAUGCAAAUGUCAUCGAUUGGUUCGCAACCGUUUCACCACCUGUUGGCGAGUCGGGACAGCGGCUGUGUCUCCGCUCAUGAUUACCAUCUCUUUACAACUGACAGCUCUUCUCGUUUGUCUCAGGCCUCGCCAUUGACGCCGCACUCACUCCCGGAGCUCCGGUCCACCACGAUGAGAUUAGCGUUUAAUCGUAUUGACUGUCUAUUAGCAGCCUCUUCGGCGUCAGUGAUCUCGUCGGCGUCGGACGAGUCUAACACAUCGGACUUCGCGUCGCCGUCGCGACGGCACUCGACCGACACCUGCGAAGACAAAUACGUCCAGAAUUGUAAUAACACUUUGGCAACAGAUUUCAGUCAGGCAUCGGUGGCCACACAUAACGCACACUUCCUGGCCAUCGCCGCCUCCGCCCCGGGACCCGGACUCAGUCGGCAACAGCUAUUAUCAGGUCCGUGUCCUGUUUGCGGUGACCGCAUAUCCGGUUUCCAUUACGGCAUCUUCUCGUGCGAGUCCUGCAAAGGGUUCUUCAAACGCACGGUUCAGAACAAGAAGAACUACGUGUGUCUUCGGGGCGCCAACUGUCACGUCUCGAUGACUACCCGCAAGAAGUGUCCCGCCUGUAGGUUCGACAAGUGCUUGAAAAUGGGCAUGAAAUUAGAGGCGAUUAGAGAGGACAGGACGAGAGGCGGUCGAAGUACGUACCAAUGCUCGUACACACUGUCUCCUCAAUCUCUAUCGGAGGCCCGUUUGCCCGAAAUGGUGUCCUCAAUGGCCGCUCAGUCCGAACUGCAGACCAACUUUGUUCACACAGAGUCUCAGUUUCGGGCGAAUUCGUUGUCCAAACGGGAACCAGACGUGGACUCAAUGGACACGUCUAACAGUUCAUCGAUCGAUCGGAUCCCGCGUCUAAUCGAAGACAUUAUGUCUGUCGAGCACUUGUGGCACAACGCGGACAAAGAAGCCGACAGUUCGGCGGCUAAUGGAGCACAAAGUGAUAGGCAGUUAAGCAUUAGUCAGAACUCGAGUGAAAUUGAUUUGUGUAAUAUAGCAGACCAUAGACUCUACAAAAUAGUUAAAUGGUGUAAAAGUUUGCCACUGUUUAGAGAAAUUCAGAUGGACGAUCAAAUAGCACUCCUGAUUAACUCGUGGUGUGAGCUCUUGCUAUUGAGCUGUUGUUACCGAUCGAUAUCGACGCCCAAAGAGAUCCGUUUGUCGAGCGGCAAAUCGGUUACGUUAGAGCAGUCGCAGCAGUUAGGCUUAGGGACAGUCAUCGAGCGGAUGCUGAACCUCACCGAACACUUAAGACGUCUUCAGUUCGAUCAAUACGAGUACUGCUGUCUUAAAGUGAUUAUUCUUCUCACGUCGGACGCGAGUGGUCUCAAAGAGUCGGAUAAAGUGCGGUCGUGUCAGAAGCAGGUGUUGGAAGCGUUGCAGACCUACACGCGUAACCAUUACGCGAAUCAGCCCUCAAAGUUUGGCGAACUG